ACUUUAUAUUUUCUUUGCCCUUCUCGCUAGAGGAUUUCUAAAGAGCCCAAUCUCAUUUAUGUCACAACAGGCUCUUUGUACAGAACGCUUUUCAAACGCCUUUGGCCAUUAAGGAGGGAGGAUUUUUUGCAUAAGGAAGAACACCUGCACCAGUCACAGAGGCAUCCUUCUGUCAGAUACAUCCACCUGCUCCAGUCACAGAGGCAUCCUUCUGUCAGAGACAUCCACCUGCACCAGAAGGGGUGACAACAGAGGAGCAACUCCAGAGCUGUCCUACAGGCUCUUUGUACAGAACGCUUUUCAAACGCCUUUGGCCAUUAAGGAGGGAGGAUUUUUUGCAUAAGGAAGAACACCUGCACCAGUCACAGAGGCAUCCUUCUGUCAGAUACAUCCACCUGCUCCAGUCACAGAAGCGUCCUUCUGUCAGAGACAUCCACCUGCACCAGUCAAAGAGGCAUCCUUCUCUCAGAGACAUCCACCUGCACCAGAAGGGGUGACAACAGAGGAGCAACUCCAGAGCUGUCUGACAGGCCCUUUGUACAGAACACUUUUGAAACGCCUUUGGUCAUUAGAGAGGGGGGAUUUUUUGCAUAAAGAAAAACACCUUCACCAGUCACAGAGGAGUCCUUCUCUCAGAGACAUCCACCUGCACCAGUCACAGAGGCGUCCUUCUCUCAGAGACAUCCAGCUGCACCAGUCACAGAGGCGUCCUUCUCUCAGAGACAUCCACCUGCUCCAGUCACAGAGAACCAAAAUGGAGGAAUGUAAACCAGAAGCUGUCAGUGACCAGUUCACCCAGAGUCAACAUGGGGAUCUGAAGCACAUAUUCCAGGUGUUAGAGGAGAAGAUCAUCACCUUUAAGAAGAAUGAGCUGAAGAGAUUCAAGAGGAUGCUGAGUCCAGAUUACCAAGAAAACUUUAAGAGUAAAGAGGAGGAUGAGAGUGAUGCCAGAGAAGGGGCUCUGAAGAUGGGACUGCACUUCCUUAGGAAUAUGAAACUGACAGAUCUCGCUGACAAACUGCAAGAAAAUGAGCUGGAUGUAGAUUGUCAGACUGAGCUGAAAAGAAAUCUCAAGAACAUGUACCAGAGUGUUUUUGAAGGAAUACCCACGCAAGGAAGCUCUGCUCUUCUAGAAAAGAUCUACACAGAGGUCUACAUCACAGAGAGAGGACCAGCUGGACCGGAGACAUCAAUCAAAUGCAGUGACAUCUUUAAACUCUUACCUGGCCAAGUCAAACCAAUCAGAAGUGUUGUCACAAAAGGAGUUGCUGGCAUUGGUAAAACUGUCUCAGUUCAGAAGUUCAUCCUGGACUGGGCAGAGGGAAAAGAAAACCAGGAUAUCCACUUCAUAUUUCCACUACCUUUAAGGGAGCUCAACCUCAUGAGCGAAAAACAGCUCUCUUUGAUGGAUCUCCUCCACCACUUUUUCACAGAAAUAAAGCAGUUAACUUUUCUCAGCCAAGGGAAGUACAAAGUGUUGUUCAUCUUUGAUGGCCUGGAUGAAUGUCGACUCCGACUAGACUUUCAGCAACAUGAAAGUUUGACUGAUGUGACAGAGGUCACUUCAUUGGACAUACUCCUGACAAAUAUCAUCAAGGGUAAUCUGCUUCCCUCUGCUUUACUUUGGAUUACCUCUCGACCAGCAGCAGCCAAUCAAAUCCUGCCUGAGUGUGUUGACCGGGUCACAGAGGUACAAGGGUUCAAGGACCCACAGAAGGAGGAGUACUUCAGGAAGAGGAUCAGUGAUCAGAAUCUUGCCAGCAGAGUCAUCUCUCACAUCAAAUUAUCAAGGAGCCUCCACAGUAUGUGCCACAUACCAGUGUUCUGCUGGAUUGCUGCUACUCUUCUUGGGGUAAUUCUUGGCUUUUCAGGAGAUGGACAGAUUCCGAAGACUUUGACAGAGAUGUACACCUAUUUCCUUAUUUUUCAAACCAAACAGAGGAGCCUGAAGUUUGAAAAUGACCUUGAUCCACAGUGGAACCACAAAGUUAUCCUUGAUCUUGGAAAGUUGGCCUAUGAACAGUUGGAGAAGGGUAAUCUGAUUUUUCAUGAAGAAGACCUGAGAAAGUGUGGCAUUGAUGCCAGAGAGGCAGCAGUAUGUUCUGGCAUCUGCUACCAGAUCUUUCGAGAAGAAUCAGAGCUUUAUCAAGGAAAGGAGUUCUGCUUCACACAUUUAAGUAUCCAGGAGUAUCUUGCAGCUUUAUAUGCGUUUCUGAUGAUGGCAAAUGGAAGGAAAGACAUAAUAUCCAGACACCACGUUCCUGAAAUAAUCAUUUACCUUUGGAAAUGGAUAUGGAGUUGGUCUCCUUCAACGAAGAAAUCCAUGAUCAUCUCCUACAAGAGUGCUGUGGACAAAGCUUUGAAGCAUGAAGAUGGACGAUUUGACCUUUUCCUCCGUUUCCUUCUUGGCCUCUCUCUGGAGUCUAACCAGACUCUCCUGCAUGGCCUUCUACAGAGAGGACAAAAUAAGAUGUGCAAUGAAGAAACAAUCAGUUACAUUAAGGAAAAGAUCAGGGAGGUUCCUUCAUCAGAAAGGCUGAUCAACCUCUUCCACUGCCUAAAUGAACUCAAUGAUCACACCUUAGUGGAAGAGGUCCAGAGCUUCCUGAGUGCUGGGACACUUUCUGAAGCUGAACUCUCACCUGCCCAGUGGUCAGCUCUAGUGUCUGUGCUGCUGACAUCAGAACAGAGCCUGGAUGUGUUUGACUUAAAGAAGUACAUCAGAUCUGAUGAAGGUCUCCUAAGACUGCAGCCAGUAGUGGAGGAAUCUCAAAAAGCUCGGCUCAAUAGCUGUAGGCUCACUGAAAGGAGCUGUACAGCACUGGCAUGUAUCCUCAGCAAAGCAUCUUCAAAGAUGAAAAAUCUUGAUCUAAGUGACAACAGUAUUGGAGAUAUUGGGGUUCAAGAAUUCUGUAAAGGACUGGAAAACCCAAACUGUGUACUUGAAACACUCAGACUCUCAGACUGCAGUAUCACAGAGGUGGGCUAUGCUAGUCUGGCUUCAGCCUUGAGGUUAAAUCCCAAUCAUCUCAGAGAGCUAGAUCUCAGAGGAAAUGAUCCAGGGAAAUCAGGAGUCAAACUGCUUUUAGACCUAAAGGAGGACCCGCAGUGUAAACUGAACAAGCUCAGGUUCCUGAAAGGGAGUGCUGCUGAGGAAGCCUGUGAUGCUGUAGCUUCAGCUGUGGGUUCAAACCCCUUACUCAUGACUGAGCUGGAUCUGAGUAAGCUCAUACCAGAAGCCUUGAGAGUGACUCAGCUUUGUUCCUUACUGGAGGAUUCACACUGCACACUGCAUAAACUGAGCCUGUCAGAUUGCAAUAUUACAGAGGAAGGCUUCAGAGCUCUUGCAUCAGCACUGAGAUCAAUCCCCUCACAUAUGACAGAGCUGCAGCUGAGUUGGAAUAAAGCAGGAGACUCAGGAGUGAAGCAUCUUUCUAAACUUCUGAAGGAUCCCAACUGUAAACUGGAGAAACUAAAACUCUCAGACUGCAGUAUCACAGAAGAGGGCUAUGCUAGUCUAGCUUCAGCCUUGAGGUUUCAUCCCAAUCACCUCAGAGAGCUGGAUCUCAGAGGCAAUAAUCCAGGGGAAUCAGGAGUCAAACUGCUUUUAGCUCUAAAGGAGGACCCUCAGUGUACACUGAAAAAUCUCAGGUUCCUGAAAGAGAGUGCUGCUGAGGAAUCCUGUGCUGCUGUGGCUUCAGCGAUCCCAACUGUAAACUCGAGAAACUACAGUGAGUAUCACAAGACCAAAUACUGA